GCCCAAAAACUGAUAGUGCUGCCAUUUUAGAACGAAAAUUUUCCCAAGUGGUCCACUGUGGAACUAAAGUUUGUGCGUGGCUGUAUAACUAGCAGGCGCUAAAUUGAAGUAAACAAACAAAAACAAAAUGAAUGAGGACCCUGUGGGAAGUCUGCAGAUUCACAAACUGCAAUUGCAGCAGGUGGAGGCUGCAUUGACCGCUGACCCAGAAAAUGCAGAGCUGCUAAAGCUGAAGGAGGAUUUGCAGGAGGUGAUCACCCUUACGUCUCAGCUGGUCAAAGCGCACACUGAGGAACAGGAAAAGAAACAGUCUGGUAAAAAGAAGGACGAAGCGUCAGGUUCUGGGGUUGGCAUCAAAAAGGACUGGAAAGUCGGCGACAGGUGUCUGGCUGUGUGGAGUCAGGAUGGCCUGUACUACGAUGCAACAGUAGGCGAAGUUGAUUAUGAAACAGGGGAAGCUACUGUUCUGUUUGACAGUUACCAACAUUCGGACACGGUUAAGAUGGAGAACCUCAGAGACUUGGAGCAGAAAGAGUCAUUAAAGCGGAAAAUGGCUGAGGGGUUGAUGGCUGGAAGUAAAAUGAAGAAACAAAUGAUGCAGCAACAGAAGGAAUACCUGAAGAAGAAGAAGCAGAAGAAGCAACAGCGAAUGAAGGAAAUCGAGGAGGUUCGGGAAACCGAGAAGAACAAGUGGCUGAGCUUUGCUAACAAAGCAUCUGCUAAGAAGGGUGUAGUGAAGAAAAGCAUUUUUGCUUCUCCAGAGACCGCCAGCGGUCGAGUGGGAGUUGGCACCUGCGGCAUUGGUGGUCGGCCCAUGACGGAAUAUUCUGCUGCUGAUAAGUGGAAGAGGGCAUCCAAAUAAAGACCUUUAUGCACUGUGCACCUUGGGAAUCAUAUAUUUGGGGAUGAUCAACAGUUGUACUGAACCUGUGUAAAAGUAAUAAUCGCCGUUCUCUUUGUGUUAGAAUUGAUACUAAGCUUGGGUGUAAAAUAAAAGUGAAUCAUCUGACUGAAUUAAA